CCCAGUCCAGUCGCUGCCGGGCCGGGGCGCGAGUCGGGUCGUUCUUCACAGGACGCGAGCGUGCGACGCCUGAUCCUUCGCCACGACGCGAUCGUCGCGCGCCUCGUCAUGAGGCGCCACCGCAGCCGAAAAGUGACGCAGUGUGUGUGACAAGCGGGACAAGCGCGUGACAGUGUGUGUGACGUAAAGUGACGUUGUGUGUGUCGUUACUGUGCAGUGUGACGAUAGCGUGUGACAUGGGCGCGGGCCGACGUGGAGACGGCCGCCAGAGGAUUACCAUGAGAGCAGCAGCUACGCGCCGUGGAUACGCUUGACCUCGGGUGGAUAUUGCCGCCCCCGCAGUGGAUUCAUCCCUCCAGCGGCUAUCGCCGAGGGCUAACCUUCACCACCCCCACCACCACCAACGUCAUGACGAACGACCGCUUCCACAAGGCCGCGAGGGACGGCGUCCUGGAGUCGCUCAAGGAGGCCAACAAGAAGGACCUCAACACGCGCGACGAGGACGGGAUGACGCCGACCCUGUGGGCGUCCUUCGAGGGCCAGCUGGACGCGCUCAGGCUCAUCGUGGGCCGGGGGAAGCGGGUGCGCUCGCUCAAGGAGAAGGCCCAGAAGGACGCCGACAAGCUCGCCAAGACGUACGCCAAGCUGCAGCGGCGCGCGGACAAGGAGCGCGAGCGCGAGCAGCGGCGGCUGCUGGAGGAGCGGCGGCGCAUGCAGGAGGACGCCGUGCAGGCCAGCGAGGAGGCCGCGGCGGCGCACAACGUCCUGGCGGCGCUGCGGCUGCGCGCGCUGCGGCCCGGCUCCGUGUCCAGCGGCGGGGGCCGCGGCGGCGCGGACUCGCAGCGCUUCUCGCAGAUCGUGGCGCCGCCGGCCAACCCUUCGGCUGCGGGCACGCUGCUCAAGCGCGCGGGGGCGGGCGGCGUGCAGAAGCGCGUGCAGCAGCGUCAGCGCACCACCGCGAGCCAGGCCGGCGCCGGCGGCGACUUCAAGGUGGGUCAGGUCGUCGACGAGGGCGGCAACCGCUCUACCAGGUCGCUGACGGGGCUCCGCUCCAGCUCCAACAUCCUCCUCGUCGGCUCGUACGAGAGCCCCGCCGCAGUGGGCAAGCGAGGCAAGAUCGCGGACGUGUUCGACACGGCUGGCGAGCUCGGCGCCGCCCCGCAUGCUCUCCUCAGCAGGUCUACGUCGCAGCCCGACUUCCUCCACAACUCGGACAGCGGCCUCGGCGACGACGUCCCCCUUGUGGAGCCGCCCAGCAUUUUCGAUCGUCCGGGCUUCGGCAGCGUCGCCUUCCGGGCGUCCGCCAUCACCAACACGCUGAGCACGCUGCCGUCACUCCAGGACAAGGACGACGUCGAUGACCACGACCGCGGCUUUGGUGGCGCCUCCAGCGAGCGGUCCGACGGCCGGUCGGACGGCCGGUCCGGGUCGGAGGGCCGCGCCGAGGACUCGAGCAUCGGCAGCGCGGGCAGCCUGGCGCAGCGCAACCAGCACGCCUCGCAGCUGCAGCUGCACCAGCUGCCCUGGGACCAGUCGGACCUACCGAGCGAUGACGACGACGACGUCGAUCCCCAGUGGUCGACGGUGCAGCUGUUCCUCAUCGCAUCCGGCUUGAGAGAGUACGCGAGUCGGUUUAUCUCUGAGCAAAUCGAUCUCGACGCACUGGUGCUCCUCUCCGACGAGGACCUCAAGACGUUGGGACUUCCCCUGGGGCCUCGCAAGAAGUUGCUCAGAGCCAUCGACCAGCGUCGGGCAGCCUUAGAGAACCCAGGGCAGGUGCUGGACAGCCGUCUCUGAGACAAAUCACAUUGCUCACGCGUCAACUGUGAAUGCAAACGGCAUAAUCCGUAUUGCAUAGAAACCAAAGUAGGAAACUAUCCUUUUGUGAAUAGUUUAUUUUAUAAAUACCUAUAAGCAAGCAAGAGAACUAAAUGACUCAGAAAGACUAUGUGGCACAAUGUUGAAUCAAUUACAAAUUUCUCACCUCAUUAGCUUGAAAAACCUUGUAAAUUGCCAAUAUGUAAGACACAUAUCUGACUCAAUGCUUGAGUGUGCAUAUAAAACAAAGAAAGAAAGUGUGUAUUUUGUAAAUAUCAAGUAGUUUUAGAUUACAUCCAAUCUGUUCGGAAUUGUCGAUACUAAGCAAAAAAGGAGUUUUGUUGUGUAUCUCUAGCUUCAAAUAACUUGGCUGUGUAGUGCAAAUGUCCAAAUUUCUUUCUAACUGUAAAAGACGAAAGUUGUGUGAACUGAGGUCUACAGCCUCAGAUUGAGAGCAUGUAAACUUAAAGAAUGGAUGCGGAUUUCUUAGGAAGCAGACACAGUCAACCGAAAACUUUUUGGAGGUCACAAAAAUUAUUGUAAUUCAGCUUGUAAACAAGUUGUGAUCCAGUCAAUGUCAAUAAUUGAAUUAUAAAAAUAAAAUUUAA